GCCCGCCUCCUCCGCGCUGAUCUUUCCCGCCCGUCUCGUCGGUAGUUGGUGGCUACGCAGUGUGAGGCCGGACCUGAACGAAUCCCGGAGCCGCAAGCCAUGCCGACCGUAGAGGAGCUUUACCGCAACUAUGGCAUCCUGGCCGACGCCAAGGACGACGUCAGCAAGCACAGAGCCGCCUAUCAGGUAAUCCUGGACGGUGUGAAAGGCGAAGCCAAGGAAAAGAGAUUAGCGGCGCAGUUCAUCCCCAAAUUCUUCAAACAUUUCCCGGAAUUGGCCGACGCCGCCAUAAACGCCCAGCUGGAUCUGUGUGAAGACGAGGAUGUCUCGAUCCGGCGACAAGCUAUAAAAGAACUGUCACAGUUUGCUACGGGAGAGAACCUUCCAAGGGUGGCCGAUAUUCUGGCACAGCUUCUGCAGUCAGAUGACUCUGCCGAGUUCAACUUGGUGAACAACGCCUUGCUGAGCAUAUUCAAAAUUGACGCUAAAGGCACCCUGGGGGGAUUAUUCAGCCAGGUUCUUCACGGUGAAGAUAUUGUACGAGAGAGAGCCAUUAAGUUCCUCUCUACCAAACUGAAAACCAUUCCCGAAGAUGUCAUGACUAAAGAGGUGGAUGACUACAUUUUUUCCGAAUCCAAAAAGGUGCUGGAUGAUGUCACCGGGGAGGAAUUUGUCCUGUUUAUGAAAAUCCUGUCCUCUCUAAAGUCAUUACAGACGGUCAGCGGCCGACAGCAGCUAGUAGACUUAGUAUCUGAGCAAGCGGGUCUCUAUCAGACGCUCAACCCCGCAGACCCCGACUCUGUGGAUCGCCUGCUUCAGUGUAUGCGGCAAGCUGUGCCUCUUUUUUCUAAAAAUGUCCACUCCACCAAAUUUAUGACCUACUUUUGUGAGCAAGUGCUUCCCAUCCUGAGUUCCCUGACCAGCCCAGCAGAGAGCAUUGACGUCCAGUUGGAAAUAUUGAAGCUUCUGGCUGAGAUGAGCUCUUUCUGCGGCGAUAUGGAUAAACUUGAAUCAAAUUUAAACAAACUCUUUGAGAAGCUUUUGGAGUACAUGCCACUUCCGCCAGAGGAAGUAGAAAAUGGGGAAAAUUCUUCCAACGAGGAGCCAAAACUCCAGUUUAGCUACGUCGAAUGUUUACUAUUUAGCUUCCACCAGCUUGGGCGCAAGAAUCCAGAUUUUCUUACCGGUAAAGAAGUGAACGCCGAGAAGCUCAAAGACUUCAAAAUCAGGUUACAGUACUUUGCCAGAGGAUUACAGGUGUACAUUAGACAGCUUCGCCUGGCCUUGCAGGGGAAAUCUGGGGACGCCUUAAAAACGGAAGAGAACAAAAUCAAGGUGGUAGCUUUGAAAAUAACCAAUAAUAUAAAUGUUUUAAUCAAGGAUUUGUUCCACAAUCCUCCAUCCUACAAAAGCACGGUGACGCUAUCCUGGAAGCCAGUACAGAAAACAGACAUUGGACAAAAGAGAACAACUGAAGAUACUACUUCAUCCUCUUCUUCGCCACCAAAAAAGCCUAUAAUGGGACCAAAAAGAGACGCCAGACAAAUCUACAACCCUCCCAGUGGGAAAUACAGCGGGAGCCUUGGGAAUUUCUCUUAUGAACAGAGAGGAGGAUUUCGCGGCGGCAGAGGAAGAGGCUGGGGAGGCACUCGUGGGAACCGCAGUCGGGGGAGAAUGUACUAGUAGAGGAGAGACUGGCAUGGAGACGCUCAGCCGACGGCUGUACUGCUCAAUGCCGCCUUCCAAUUGGAAACGGACUUUUAACACAAAGCAUUCUUUCUACCUUUGUACGUAAUUACCGUUUUCUAUCCAGAUGUUCUUCAGUCUCAUAAACCUACCGUAGUUUCACCUUCUCACGCCGGAUUCUGAGCUGCUUUCAUGUUUCACGUAGGGACCUGCUGAAAAUGACGCACAAAUCCCACCUGAAAAAAAGCCAGAAUUGUAGCGUUGACAUUUUUCCACUAGGAUCAUCUGAAAGGAAUGUACAGAUACAGUAACAUCAUCCAUUACAAUGAAAAUAAGACAUUUUGCUUUCAGGCCGCGUUGGCGCUGCGGUUUGAACGUUUUAAACCCUCCGCUGACGGUCGUGGUUCUGUUGUCAUUGCCAAAUUACCGUUCCUCUGUUUUUGGCAUGCGCGCAGGUGAUUAAAAUACAGCUACGUGUUUUCUCCUCCACGUUUUGAUGGCUUGAGUUUCCCUUUGCAAUGAAAGCAAUCUUUUUUUUAAUUAUCUAG